GGGAAGAACAUCGCAGGACCAUUAAGGUUGGAAUUGCUUGCAUCCAAUGCAAGAUGCUGCAGUUCCAGCUUGUGGUGGUGCAUUUGGCCCUUGUGAUUGCCCUGCUGUGGUGGCACUCUAGCUCAGUGCUCCUUGCCGAGGCAGCCCCAGAGCCUUUGGAGCCUUCUGCUGCUCUGGGCAUGGGAGCACCUUCCAUUGCCAGUGAAGAGAAGUCAGCCACCAACCUGGCAGACAAACUGUUCCUUCUUGAUGACUUGGUGUCUCUGGAGAACGAGGUGACUGAGACCAAGAAAAAAAGAAGCUUUCCAGGAUUUGGCUCUCCAAUUGACAGAAUUUCUUCAACCUCUGUGGAUGCUAAAAGCAAACAGAGGAAAGUGCUUGAGCUGCCCAAGAGACGGUUUGGAGUUCCUCUUGACCGGAUUGGAGUGAACCGCCUCGGCAACACCAAGGGUUAGCAGUUCCUGCAAGUACUUCUAUUCUUUAUGACUGAUGCUGUAUUGGAAACAUUACAGAGAUACAGAAGAUGCAUCACAGCAUGUCUUGUCCUUGACUAAUGAUACAACACUCAAGGAAUUGACCUCCUGCAAAAUCUGUUUCACAUUGCAUUUUACAAAUGUUGCCUUUACAGUAAUAACAAAUUCAGUUCAUCAGGUCAGAAUGCUCUCACGACUGUGCACAAUGUCACUGAUAGGAAGGAACAGAGAAUAUGUAUAUAUUUUAUUGCAUGGCAUUUAUCUGUUAAACUAGCAGAAGUUUAUUAUCCUAGCCAGGACUGAUAAAUUUUUUGGAUUGAAAAUAAAAUUUCAAGAGAUGCCAACAGCAGUCCAUGAAAAGCAGACAGUUUGCUUUGCACAUUUCUUUCAAAAGGGGAGUAGUUUGGUAGAUGAAGGGAGGAUUUAACAGUUAUGGGACAAAGCUAGAAUUUAUUUGAAUUGCUGUUUGAGAGAAUGAUGUCUUUUGCCUUUACUAGGAGUUAGUCUGAGUAAGAACUGUGACGAUGCCUUAGUAUUUGUCCUGAUGUUUUGAGUAGUCUUUCUCUUAUCUCUGCACCAUAUUUAGACAUGUUUUCAUCGUAUAGCAGGUCCUGAAAUGUGGCGAGACUUUUAGUUUCCUCCUCUAAGCUGAUGAAUACAUUUCACUCCUCCCUAUGCAUAACAGGAUAGCGUCCAAAUAUGAAGUCAUCUACUUCCUAGACCAUCUGCAUCAUAUGCCUUAUUUUAGCCUCUUGAUGUGUGCACAGGGCAUAAUCAGACAUGUAACUCUAAAAGUUCAAGUAUUUCUCACUCUGGUAAAAUGUAAACAUAUCCUUUCCACUUCAUUUCAGAGUAAUACAGUUUAUCUUAAAUCCUGUUUCAUGCUUUUCACUCCUUUCCAGAUUAUAAAAUAUAGCUGAGAAGAGCAGUUUGCUGAUAUCUCAGUGCUCAGAUUCCUAGCUAAUGUUUUCUAAACAUCACAUUCUCCUUCUCGGACUUUGGUCCAUGUCAGCUAAAUUCCUCAGGUUGCUAUUCUUGGGUAUAAACCAUCUUUAGCAUUGCAAAAGAAGAUCCAUUGAGAAAGAGAUUAUGCAGGAUUAAGAAAAAAAGUUAUUCUUGCUAAACACCCUGUGUAAGGCAGAGAAUUAAGAGUUAAUUUCCUAAAUCUUAUAUGAGGCACAAGGCACCUGGCCAUCAGCCUGGUGCCUGGCCAACCAGUCACCCCAGCCAUUCAGUCCAUGCUAGAAAGAAGUCUGCAAAUGCAGUCCCAGGCAAGCCCAGAGACUGUCCUCUGCAGUGCACUGCCACCACCCAUCCUGAGCCUACCCUGCGGUUUAGGGAACAUUUAUCUUCUUGCACUGAGCUCAUCCAGACAGUCUGCAGAUUAUGUGCUUGCAAGGCAGCCAUAUGUAGGGGCAUGGUCAGAUUAUGGAAUUGAUGACCUGACCACCCAAACAGCUGUCAGUCAAAAGCAGCAUGGACAGAGUCAUUGCAUGACAUAUUUUGGAACAUUGAGAGCAGAGGAAUCCAGUGCUAACACAGCAGGUUUUCAAAGACACUGGUGGGUGAUAAAAGUAUUAAACAGUUGGCAGGUAUUAGCCUGGGCUUCCAAAAAAGGGGGAGUUUUAAGCCCUGAUAGCUGUGUGCAGAAAUGCCCUUCAUCUAAAGGGUAAUGUGAAAGCAGAGCAGGACAGAGGUGUCUGCGGUGGUGUUGGUGCAAGCUUCAGUGCUGCUCCCACCUCACUGUGUGGAUUACUUAGGAGAAAGCAACAGUCUUUCCAUUCCUCUGCCCCAUCUACCACAGAGCACCCUGAGACCUCUUGUGGCUCAAAAAGCAUCUUUAAAAUCCAUAAAUUGGCAAGCGCUGUUUAAAAUAUGAUGCUGUCUGAAAGGCUGAGCACCACAAUUUGUUUUUGUAGACAAUAUUGGAUGGCUUCAGCCACUGUGCAUAGCGUGGAGAUCAGCAAAUGUGAAAUGAGGAUAUACUGCAGCAUCCAUCGCACGCUAGAUUUGUCCUGUGCUGCCUGGAUUUGCAAACUCAUUCAGAUGCCUGUGAGAAUUUUCUUCUAAUAAAUCAACAUGGUCGACUAGAA